AUGACAUUGACGAUCCAAACCGCACCUGGUAGCUCCGGUUACUUGGAUAUGUUCCCAGAGAGAAGAAUGUCGUAUUUUGGCAAUUCUUACAUUCUUGGUUUGACUGUCACUGCCGGAAUCGGUGGACUUCUUUUCGGUUACGACACAGGUGUAAUUUCCGGUGCUCUUCUGUAUAUUAAGGAUGAUUUCGAAGUCGUUAAGCAGAGCAGCUUCUUACAGGAAACUAUUGUAAGUAUGGCUUUAGUUGGUGCAAUGAUUGGUGCUGCAUCAGGAGGUUGGAUUAAUGACUACUACGGUCGUAAAAAGGCGACUCUUUUUGCUGAUGUUGUCUUUGCAGUUGGAGCAAUCGUUAUGGCUGCUGCACCUGAUCCGUAUGUUUUAAUAUCGGGUCGGCUACUGGUUGGUUUAGGAGUUGGUGUUGCUUCUGUGACUGCUCCGGUUUAUAUAGCCGAAGCAUCUCCAUCGGAAGUUAGAGGUGGACUUGUGAGCACUAAUGUUUUGAUGAUCACUGGUGGACAGUUUCUUUCGUACCUUGUUAAUUCUGCUUUCACACAGGUUCCAGGAACAUGGAGAUGGAUGCUUGGUGUUUCAGGCGUUCCUGCUGUUAUUCAAUUUGGUCUCAUGCUUUUCAUGCCAGAAUCCCCGCGAUGGCUUUUCAUGAAGAAUCGUAAAGCGGAAGCCAUCCAAGUACUUACCAAAAUCUAUGACAUCUCGCGGUUAGAGGACGAGAUUGAUCAUCUUACCGCGGCUGAAGAGGAAGAACAACAAAGGAAAGGCACUAUUAGCUACUUGGAUGUUUUUAGAUCCAAAGAAAUGAGACUCGCAUUUUUCGCGGGAGCAGGACUUCAGGCAUUUCAGCAAUUCACCGGUAUCAAUACCGUAAUGUACUAUAGCCCUACGAUAGUCCAAAUGGCUGGAUUUCAUUCAAACCAGCUCGCUCUGUUGCUCUCUCUCAUCGUUGCUGCUAUGAAUGCCGCUGGAACAGUAGUGGGGAUUUAUUUUAUCGAUCAUUGUGGAAGGAAAAAGCUUGCUCUCUCGAGUUUAUGCGGAGUCAUUAUAUCUCUCAUAAUCUUCUCAGUCUCGUUCUUCAAACAAUCUGAUGCAUCAUCUGAUGGAGGGCUUUACGGUUGGCUCGCUGUGCUUGGUUUAGCUCUAUACAUUGCUUUCUUUGCACCGGGAAUGGGACCGGUCCCAUGGACAGUAAACUCAGAGAUAUACCCACAACAGUACCGAGGCAUAUGUGGAGGCAUGUCUGCAACAGUAAACUGGAUCAGCAAUUUGAUUGUGGCACAAACAUUCUUGUCGAUAGCGGAAGCUGCUGGCACAGGGAUGACUUUCCUGAUAUUGGCGGGCAUCGCGGUUCUUGCGGUUAUCUUUGUGAUUGUGUUUGUCCCUGAGACGCAAGGACUAACGUUUUCGGAAGUUGAACAGAUUUGGAAAGAGAGAGCUUGGGGACAUAACAGCGGUUGGGGCAGUAGCAGCGAUAGCAACAACCUUGAGGGCGAGGGGCUAAUCGAGCAGGGAUCUCGGUCUUAA